AUUUGCUAUAUUUCGUUACCUGAGUUUGGUAUGAGUAUAAUAGACUAUUUUUAAUUUUGUGUUCUACAAUUUCUGAAAUUAUUAAGUGAUUAGAUAAAAAUUUUCACUACGUGAUUGCAAUACCCAUUUACACUGCUGAGAUUACAUAUUUUAAACGUAGCUGAAUUUAAAAAGAAAACGUGUCUUUCGAAUCAACCUCGAGAUCAACCAACAAUCAGAUAUCAUAGAUUUCCGGCAUAGCUACCACACUUAUAUACAAAUAUGUAUGUACAUAUGUUAGUUAUGUAUAUGUUAGUUUAUUCGCCCACGCGGUGUUGGUCAGAGACCUUGGUAGAAAAAUUAUAUCCGUCAAUCGAAUCGAGCGUAAUAUCUUAUACACGAGCAAAUGCAAAAAAAAAUAAAAAUGAAAUGUGACGCCGAAAAAAAAGAUUCUAUGAAUUUGGGACCACGUGUGAUGCCUUCGUCCUCUCUGGAAUGACAUCAUUUAUGCGGCUUAUAAACAUGAGUACACAGGCAUAAAAAAGUUUAAGAUCACAGGUAUAAGUUUGUUCAUAAUUAUCUGUGAUGUGUCAACAGUUGAUUGAGUUUUUUUCUAUUUGACGAACGGUGUACAUUUAUUACACUGCACACUCCUAAGAAUUCCUUCCUACCAUAUUCCAUAUCGGCCAUGUCUAGUUAUUAUCCGGUUACAAAAUAUAAUCGAUGCUUCAUGUGCCUUGGACACUUCUCAUUUUAGUAGGUGUACUUAGUAACUCUAAUGACAUAAUCGAUGCGACUUGCACCCCGUACAUAUACAUAUAUAUUUAUCUAAAAAUUGAUAACGAUUUUAUACAGGGAAGCUCUGGGAUGCGGCGUGCAUUAUUAUUAUUGAUAUUUUUAUGAUCGUUGAUAUUAUUAUGCGAACCGUCCUCAAAAGUCCCGUUCAUUUUAUCCGAGGAGUUUUUUUUCUCAAUUUUUCUCAUCCAUUUAUUUAUUUAUUUGAUUUUUUCGCUUAUUUCUUAAGUUUAUAACAUCAAUCUUGCUGCACACCGUUAGUUUAGCAUCAUUAUAUACCAGAAAAAAUUCACAUAAUCCAAUAAUCGAUUUGCCUGGGCGUAGGCGAAUACAGAGAGGGGGAGACGGCAAAGACGUUUCUUAUGCAAGUCGAGCCCGUUGAUCUCUCCGACAAUUCUUUAGUAAAAAUAAAGUAAGGCAUGAAAAAGUGUGAAAAAAAACUUUAAUAAAUUAUGUUCUCGCUUUGGUUGAGGCUCAUAAUAAUUUGCAUACUAUCAAAAUAUAAUGUAGUAGGUACAGGAUAUUCAUUGCCCUCGUAUAAAUGCUUGAAUUCUUAUACCGAGAUAUAUCGGACCUCAAGUCAGGUAGGUAUAUAGUUACACGUAAACUAUACAAAGUGAAAAUACCCUUAUUGGCAUUCUGCGGAGGUUUUGCGUGUACCCACCACAUCAAAGUAUAUUGAUAUGGGAUACCACAUUGAAGAUUUCUCUAUCGAAAAUAUAAGCCUGUAUCGUAUUUCGAAUAAAUAUAAGGUUUGACGCGCCUGAAUGUUAACGGUCGUGGCAAAUUUUUACCUUUGCAAAUUUUUUGAUAUUUUUUGCACAAAUUUCACGGGCUCAAGCUUUCGUCGUCAGAUAGAAUUACGAGCUUUUUCGAAAUGGAAUUGUACAAUUUCAUCAAGCAGCCUAAGUUCUGUUCUGCCCCAAAGCGGGGUGGUCUUUUAAUGAACGUAGAUAUUUAUGUAUGGUUUCCUGCUCCCCAAACUCACCUGUGUUCCAAAACCCUGUUGAGAAAUUGCACUUUUGUUAGAUCGUAAAUGAGACUGCCGCUUUUAGGCUGCUGCAGCAGUCGUUCGGUACUCCUCUGCUCCUAUAUACCUAUAUUACAUGGGUAUAAUGAUGAUGAUACAGCUUACUUCAGUUAGUUGUUAGCCGGCAUACGAAGCGUAUGUGCACGUCCUCCUCUCGUACGAGUUGUAAACCGUCAGCGUGUCUCGAAAAUAGGAAAUAAUAGGUCGUUCUGAUAACGUGCUUGAUUAUCAUCAAUUAAAUCAUUUAAUCACCAUCGUUAUUACGGAUGUAGUUCGCGUUCUCUCCGCUUAUAAAGUUAAAUACAUUUUCAAAUAGUGCGCUACACUACACGUUCAACAAUUGCUCACAGCACAUGGAAAAAAUGAAUAAAUAAAUUAAUUCGUUUGAAGAAUGAAAGGAACCCAAUUAUACACAGUCCCAAUUUAUUGUGACCAAGAUUUAGAUCGUGACGGUGCAACAAUUUUUGAUUUUAAUUAUUUUUCUAAUCAGUAAGAUAAAAGCAACCGAAAUAAGGUGCCCUGGAGGAACUUUUAUACUUGUACAAGUAUAAGUACGUUACACGUAUAAUUCAACGGUAUGUCGUCGUGGUGAUGUGAGACUUUCGUGGAUUUCGUUGCUAUCGGUUACAACCGAAUGCGAUGUGGACGUGUAUAAGUAUAUAACGACACGUCAUUCGUUCAUUGUAUUACCCACGAUGGCUGUUCCCUUCGAGGGGUAAAAAUAGGGUGCGAUUUGGUCCACCCGGCAGCUGCGAAAAUUCCACGUCCCUUGAAAGAAAACGUUCCGGUUGUAUACAGUGAGGCCGAAACAUUGCGGAAAAUAAAAACCAACCGCGGUCUGUCCGAAAACCCUUUUUUCCUGUCUUAUACAUUUUUAACGGAUAUACGACCGGUGAGAGAAUAAAACAAUGUGUUUGAUCUCACGAAGCUAAUCUAGAAAGUGAUCGCUGAUUAACGAUUAGUGGAGUGGAAUGAAAUGGAAUGAGAUGAGGUGAAGUUCUUGUUCCAGUGGUAGUUUGAGGAUCGGAGGCCUCCAGGCGGUUCUUACAAUUAGUGGGAUAGUUUAAUAGCUUGAAUAUCUAUUGCCAUCUACCAUUGCUGGAUAUUCACGUCUACGUUCUGGCGCCGAGUGGUCGUGCCGUACGUUUUCGUUUCUCGUGUCAACCAGCACGAGGAAAAAAAAAAAAAAUUUUUAUUUCACAAACUUUCAUCGAAAAUAUUCGGUGUGUACGAUCGUUUAAAAAAUUGUCCCAUUUAUAUCGACCGGUGUUAGUGCGUGACAUUUUGUUGGAAGUGAAGUUCAUAUGAGAAAUAAUAUGAUGGUGAUACUGCAGUAUAAAUUUAUAUUGAUUUGGCUAUGAACGGAGAAAACUUUGAGACGUGAAUAAAUUAUAUCUGAUAAUAAACGCGUCGAAUAGACUUGAAGGAUAAAUAUAUUAGCGGUUCUUUUUUUUGUCUGUGGAUUUUUUUUCUCACUUUGCAAGACGUGCUCCGCGCGUAUUAUGACAAGGAUGUCUUAUCUGUCGUUGACAAAAGAAGAGGAGGCGAGAAUGCAUCCUAUAAAAACAGUUCGGUGUGUUAUGAUGUCCGGCGACUCGCCGCCUCCUCUCUGCAGAGUAUCGGUUCCCCCAUCGCCUGGUUUUGACGUACCGGAUGACGUUAGAACCGGAAAAACUUCACCGACAAGUACGACGUCGAAAACCUUGAGAUCUUCGGAUACCGAAGCGAUUGAAGAGGCGGUACCGAUUGUCGAGAAAACCUUACCAGCCCCUGAACCAAGACCAAAAGUUGAGAAAAACGGUUCUCACUACGAAACACCUGACGGAAAAAAAAUCGUCGAUUACGAUAACGAAGACAAUUCAUGCGUUAUAAAGUGCCUAUCUUUUACACAACAGUGCUGCGAUUGUACGAUACUGUGAGAUUCGGUUAUUACGUAUGAAGAAUAUAUAUAUAUAAAAAUGAAAAUAGAUUUAAAAUACGUUUCAUAUCAGAACGUAAAAUAUCAUGAACAUUUCGUUUUUGAAAAUAACUAGAUGGGCAAAUUGAUUCAAUAUACUGUCAGGUAUAUUACUAAUAAACGAUAUUACGAAAUCUACAAACAUAGUAGGGUGUGGCGUUAUUUUGAUCAGGAAAAAAAAAAAGUAAAUUAUUAUAUCAGUAGAAUUGGUAGAAUGCAAGGAACAAAAACCCUACAUUUGGAUUAUGUAUUUUAGAAUUACUCGGGAUGGCAUUAACCGAUUAUACACAAAAGCUUUUUUGGGCAUUCCUUCUCGCGAGCAGCUAAAAUGUCUAUCAAAUUGUUGUUAUGUACAUACAUAUAUAUAUUUAUUCAUUUUCAUACCAGCCUUGAAUAUUCCCGGAACUCAUGUCUAAUCACAAUGUUAUCCGGUGGAUAUUUUAAUUUGUACAGACUGAAUUAUUGAAGAAAACAUAUAUAUGUAUGUAUAUUGUGUUACACUUACCAUGUAAUCGUGUAGAUAGUCCAACAGCUGCAGAUUGAUAAGCUGUGAAAUAAAAAGCAAAAUGAAACUGAUAGAAAGAUGUGAAAAAGUGAUGUACGUACACAUACUAUAUGGAUAUAUUUAAAUAUAUAUUACUUUGAUACUAAUUUAUUCUACGUAAAUGAAAUGGAAAAAAUGUUAGAAUUUAAGAUCGCACUGUAAAAUAUUCAAAUUAUCGUUCUGUAAUGUUUAUCGAUUUAAAUAUAAAUAAUAUAAGCAGUGUUUUUUCAGGGUGUUUCUACUCUGGAUAUGACAUUGCUGCUCGAUUCUGAUUA